UCUCUUGGGGGUGUACCACUGACCCAUAUAAAUAAGGGGCGGUUCAGCCCCCAGCUUAAGUUGCGCCCGUCCGCCUGCCGUCUCUUUUGCACCUGCUGAGCUGUAACUCCCGCACUUGCCAUGUCUCCCCAGGCGGAUUUUGACAAAGCUGCAGAAGACGUCAAGAAGUUGAAAACAAAACCAACUGACGAUGAACUGAAAGAGCUAUAUGGCCUUUAUAAGCAGUCAACAGUGGGGGACAUAAACAUAGAGUGCCCUGGGAUGCUAGACCUGAAAGGCAAAGCCAAAUGGGAAGCAUGGAAUUCAAAAAAAGGUUUGUCAAAAGAAGAUGCAAUGAAUGCCUACGUUUCUAAAGCAAACGAGCUGAUUGAGAAGUACGGAAUGUAACGUGUGCGGAUAAAUCACGGGAAGGCGCGGUGAGAACAGAUAGACGCAUGGAAAGCAUUUCUCUUAUAAUAACCAGCUUUAGGUUUUCUACAGUUAACUUAGACUUGAAUGGCCCUGUGGUUCUGUACAGACCUCGGCUCUCCGCACUGACAUAUUAAACGGUUUUACAACUUA